UAUAUUCUUUCAGCGAUGGAACGCACAAUGGAAAACCUUGGCAACCUUCACGGCGUCUCCCACUCACAGGCGGGGGACCUGAUGAGCUCCUCACACGCUCGGCAGUCCUCCGCCCCUUCACACCGGAACCUAGUUUCUCACGCGCACGGCCGGUCGGCGAUGGUGUCCAGCAUGGCCUCGAUCCUGGAUGGUACCGGGGACUACCGGACAGACCCCUCGGCGCUCUCCGGCCACCUCCACCCGGCCAUGAGCAUGUGCGAGUCCGGGAUGAGCCUGAGCAACACAUACACCACCCUGACACCUCUCCAGCACCUACCUCCCAUAUCCACCGUCUCCGACAAGUUCCACCACCCACACUCCCACCACCACGCAGCCGCCCAACAGCGACUCUCCGCGGGGAACGUCAGCGGGAGCUUCACGUUGAUGAGGGAUGACCACCGGGGGCUGGCGUCUAUGGGCAACCUAUACUGCCACUACCCCAAAGAUAUGUCCGGCAUGGGCCAUGGGUCUCUCUCCCCGCUGUCCAACGGCCUCGGCUCUUUGCACAACUCCCAGCAGACCCUCUCAACCUACGGUCCAAGUGCUCACCUCUCCAACGAUUCCAAGAUGCUGUCCCCCAUGACAGGCUUUGAGUCCCACGCCGCGAUGCUGUCUCGGAGCGAGGAGCACCUUGCCAGGAGUUUAGGUGGCCAUGGGCACGGCAUGAUCUCCAACCUCAACGGGAUGCACCAUCCGCACAGCCACCUCCACUCUCAGGCCAAUGGGGAAGCGAUGCUGGCCGAGCGGGAGAGGCACGGCGCUGUGGCUGGCCAGGGAGGAGGGUCGGGCGGGCAGGCGGAGGAGAUCAACACUAAGGAGGUGGCUCAGCGGAUAACGGCAGAGCUGAAGCGCUACUCCAUCCCCCAGGCGAUUUUCGCACAGAGGAUCCUAUGUCGGUCCCAAGGAACCCUCUCGGAUCUUCUGCGGAACCCCAAGCCAUGGAGUAAACUCAAGUCCGGCAGGGAGACGUUCAGGAGGAUGUGGAAGUGGCUCCAGGAGCCCGAGUUUCAGCGGAUGUCUGCCCUUCGGUUGGCGGCCUGUAAGCGGAAGGAGCAGGACCAGGGUCGUGAAAGAAACCUGGUUCCCAAGAAACAGCGGCUGGUGUUCACCGACCUGCAGCGCCGCACGCUGGCGGCCAUCUUCAGGGAGAACCGCCGGCCCUCCAAGGAGAUGCAGAUCACCAUCAGCCAGCAGCUGGGCCUGGAGCUCUCCACCGUCUCCAACUUUUUCAUGAAUGCACGGCGACGCUGCCACGACCGCUGGGGGUCCACCGGAGGCACUGAGGGGAACGAGCAUAGGGAUGUGCAUGGGAACGUGCAUGGGCACGGUCACAUGCACGCUCAUGGGAACAACAACAACGCCAGUACAUCCACGGCGCAACCGGGUACCUCCUCUGCUACCACCUUCUCCAAGGAAUGAGAGAGAAGGGAAGGGGGUGGGAGAGGAUGAAGGGUGAUUGGAUCUUAAGCAGUGGUCUCCGACCCUGGUGUGCAGGCUUUUGUUCCAGCCCAGCACUAACACAGCUGAUUCAACUCCUGGUCUUGAUGAAUAGUUGAUGAGUUGAAUCAGGUGUCUAUGACCGUUGGUCUGAAGGUGUUCUCUUUUUGUGCGGAAUCUCACCCUUUACUCCAUUUUGUUUUUUCCAUCAGAAACCAAAGAGAAACCAUUAUCCUCAGACCCUUUAGUUUGAGCAAAUCUGUCUGUAACCCCCCCCAAAAAAUAAAUAAAAAUAGAUCAGGAGAAAUUCUGAGGGUCGAUUCAUCAUGAGCCUAAAAUAGCUAAGUUUAGUUAGUCCCCCAGAGUAGCUUUGUCUCCCUUUUGGGAUUGAUACAUCCACAAGCUCAAGUCUUUGACUAAUGGGCCAAGCAAAUACACCAAAGACAACCCCAUGGCAAUAGACCUAACUGCACAACACCAGUGGCCAUGUGUGUGAAACAGGCAAGGAUAAACAGUCAGACAUGUCCUCUCUUCUUCUGCUCAGUCAGAAAAACACACAUUUCACUAUGUGUUUGUGUGUAUGCUAUGUACUUGCAUGUGUGCUUGUGUGUGUGUGUGUGCAAUGUUGGUAAUGUGUUUGUACAAUCACACUCCAGGGGUGUGAUUUCUCUGCAGCAAUCUGGUGUCUGCUAUGCAAGUACAACAGUGUCACCUGCUGGUCGUUUCAGCACACUGUUGAGAGUGAGGAGGUUAUCUGACACCAUGCACACAUCUCAAUAGUCUAACUGUCUCCUUUCCUUCAUCUGCACUGAUAUAAAAGACCUAGAGAGGUGAAAGCCAAACACCAGGAGAACAAUCAUUACACUGCUUUCACCUAUUUUGCACUUUCAGGUCAGCGCGGAUGAAGAAGAGGUGACGUGGGGAGACAGACACUUUAGACUAUUUAGAUUCAUCCCAUUAUGUCAGGAAGCCUACUUGAGGUUGCAGAGUGGAAUAAGUAGGUUAUACUUACACACACACACACACACACACACACACACACACACACACACACACA